CGACCCUAAACCAGACCAUGACUCGCACGACUUUCCCAAAAUAACCUAGAGAUCCGAAAAGAACGGAGGAAAGGACGAAAGAAGGAAAGAUGGAGGAGACGAAGCCAUUGGUAGGGAACCAUCCCCAGCAGCAGCAGCAACAGCAACAACAACAGCAGCUUCUCUAUCAACACCAAUUACAACAGAGACAGCAGCAGAUGCUUUUAUUACAGCAGUUGCAGAAACAGCAACAACAACAAGCCGCCAUGUCUAGAUUCCCCUCCAACAUCGACGUUCAUCUCCGUCCACCAGGGUCAAUCCAGACCCGACCAAUUGUUCCCCCUCAGCAGCAGAACCCUAAUCCCAACCCUAGCGUGGGACAGCCUACACCGAAUCUCCAGCAGCAGCAGCAGCAGCAGCAACAGGUUGCAGCGAGUCAGCAGAUGCUGCAACAGCAGCAGCAACAACAACAGCAGCAGAAAUUGAUGCGGCCGUUGAAUCACAUCGAGCUUCAAUUCGCGUAUCAGGAUGCUUGGCGUGUCUGCCACCCUGAUUUCAAACGACCUUUCUCUUCUCUCGAAGACGCUUGCGAAAGGUUACUGCCUUAUCAUGUUGUAGCAGAUUACGAAGCGGAAGAGGACGAUAGAAUCCUCGAUUCAGACCCAACAGGCCAAGCCCUUUCCCGCUCUCAGCAGUGGGACAACAACAUCGCAGCUAAAGUCGCUGAGUUCACUGCAACCUUUGAGAAACAAGCCUUAGCUUUCAACAUAAUCACCCGGAAGCGAGCUAUGGGAGAGUUCAGAUCCGAGGAGAGGCUUAUGGUGGAGCAAGCUCUGCUGCAAGAAGAAAGAAAGGCGUUGCUGGAGCUUAAAGCAGAGAUGGAUAGGGAGAAGGCUGGCAGGGAGGCUCAGGAGGCUAAGCUGAGAAUGGCCGCUUUGGCUCAGGCUGGACAGUCACAGUCCCAUGCCGAGAUAAUGGCUCGUAACCCGUUGAGGGCUAACGCGGUUGGGAAUCAGGGUGGGAGUAUUCAGCUGAGCCACGAGAUGGGAGAGCAAGGACGUGGCAUGAACCCUGAUGAGAUGAUGAAUGGGUGGGGAAACAAUAGUCAGAGAGAGGAGAAGGAGCCUUCGGAAGAUUUCUUGAAUGAUGAGGAGAAUGAGAACGGAGAGACGGGUGAACAGGAGAACUGGCGUGAAGCAGGGGAGUUCGAUUUGAACAGCCGCUAAGUGAUUAAUGUGGUUGUUGUGGAAGUUAUAGUUUGAACAACUGGAUUCAAGAUGCUAUACAUGGCAGGGUGGUCAGGCUCAAAGUCUGCCGCUAGCUGAACCAUCAGAUGUUGAAGCCAAGUAAGCAUUACUCGGUUUUAAUGUUAAUGUAGCUUUACUUAGAUGUGUGUUUUAAUAUUAUUGAAAAGUGUCCUGAGAGGAAAAGAGUUCUUCAUUUUCAUGGAGAUGGAUUGGCUUGUUAUCUAAUAAGUGAAUCGUGUCAAAGGUGUAAGAGCUUCAGGUUCUAAAGCUUGUAGUAGGUAAGCUUAUGUACUAAUGUGGAUUUGUUAUAUAUGUAUGGAUUGGUUUGUUUUUGUUAUGGAUGAUUGUAAUAGUAAAAUGGUUAUUUUUGUUA